CUACAAGUUGUCACGUGACUUACGUUCAAUUUACGUGCGACGCCAUUACGGCGAGAAUGGAUUCUGUGAACACGUUUAACACGCUUUGAGUUAAUAGACAGUAAAACUAAAAGAGUAUCAUGGCUUUCCCGUAUUUAAUUGGGCCGGGAGGCCAGCCCUUCAUCAUACAGCAAGUACCCUUGAUUCAGCAGCAGGUGUCGGUGAUUCCCCAGCAGCAGGUGCUUCCCCAGCAGACCCAGUCUGUACCCUCCAAAGUCCCAGACUACAUGUCAGAGGAAAAACUCCAAGAAAAGGUUAGAAAAUGGCAGCAGUUGCAGUCAAAGAGAUACAGUGAAAAAAGAAAGUUUGGAUUUGUUGAUGCUCAGAAAGAUGAUAUGCCACCAGAGCAUGUAAGAAAAAUCGUCCGUGACCAUGGAGACAUGACGAAUAGGAAAUUCAGACAUGAUAAGAGAGUUUAUCUUGGAGCCCUGAAGUAUAUGCCACAUGCAGUGUUGAAAUUAAUGGAGAAUAUGCCCAUGCCCUGGGAACAGAUCCGAGAUGUCAAAGUACUGUACCACCUCACGGGAGCCAUCACGUUUGUCAACGAGAUUCCCUGGGUCAUAGAACCAGUGUACAUUGCUCAGUGGGGAACAAUGUGGAUUAUGAUGAGGAGAGAAAAGAGAGAUCGUCGCCACUUUAAGAGGAUGAGGUUUCCUCCUUUUGACGAUGAAGAGCCCCCCUUAGACUAUGCUGACAAUGUGUUAGAUGUGGAGCCAUUGGAAGCCAUUCAAAUGGAGCUUGACCUAGAGGAAGACAAGCCUGUCAUGGAAUGGUUCUACGAUCACAAACCACUCACUGACUCCAAGUAUGUGAAUGGGAGCACAUACAGAAAGUGGAAUCUGUCUUUGCCUAUCAUGUCUGUCCUCUAUCGGCUUGGUAACCAGCUACUGACAGACCUGGUGGAUGAGAACUAUUUCUACUUGUUUGACUUAAAGUCCUUUUUCACCGCCAAAGCUCUCAAUAUGGCCAUCCCUGGGGGACCCAAGUUUGAGCCGUUGGUGAAGGACAAAGAGCUACAGGAUGAGGACUGGAAUGAAUUUAAUGACAUCAAUAAGAUCAUCAUUCGUCAACCAAUCAGAACAGAGUAUCGCAUUGCCUUUCCGUAUUUGUACAACAGUCUGCCCUACAAGGUCCACUUGUCAUGGUACCACACCCCAAAUGUUGUGUACAUCAAGACGGAGGACCCUGACCUGCCGGCCUUCUACUUUGACCCUCUCAUCAAUCCCAUCUCCCACAGACAUGUUACUAAGAGUUCGGAGCCUCUCCCGGACGAUGAUGAGGACUUUGAGUUGCCUGAUUAUGUCCAGCCAUUCCUACAGGACACACCCCUCUACUCUGACAAUACAGCCAAUGGCAUCGCUCUGAUGUUUGCUCCACGACCUUUCAACCUGAGGUCAGGGCGCUGUAGAAGGGCUAUUGAUGUUCCACUUGUGAAAACAUGGUACAGAGAGCACUGCCCAGCAGGGAUGCCAGUGAAAGUGAGGGUCUCUUACCAGAAGCUCCUCAAGUACUUUGUGCUGAAUGCACUCAAACACAGACCACCCAAAGCUCAGAAGAAACGAUAUCUGUUCAAGUCUUUCAAAGCCACCAAGUUUUUCCAGAGCACUCAGUUGGACUGGGUAGAAGUAGGUCUACAGGUGUGUCGCCAAGGUUACAACAUGCUCAACCUUCUGAUCCACCGUAAGAAUCUCAACUACCUUCAUCUGGACUACAACUUUAACCUGAAGCCAGUCAAGACCCUGACAACAAAGGAAAGAAAGAAGUCCCGGUUUGGUAAUGCUUUUCAUCUUUGUCGUGAGAUUCUAAGGCUGACUAAACUUAUUGUGGACAGCCAUGUUCAGUACAGACUGGGAAACGUUGAUGCCUUUCAGCUUGCUGAUGGAAUUCAGUACGUGUUUGCACAUGUGGGUCAGCUGACAGGAAUGUACAGAUACAAGUACAAGUUGAUGCGACAGAUCAGGAUGUGCAAGGAUCUGAAACAUGUUAUCUACUACAGAUUCAACACGGGCCCUGUGGGUAAGGGCCCAGGCUGUGGUUUCUGGGCCCCAGGUUGGAGAGUGUGGCUCUUCUUUAUGAGGGGAAUCACCCCCCUGUUAGAACGCUGGCUGGGGAACCUCCUGUCUCGACAGUUUGAGGGCAGACACUCUAAAGGAGUGGCCAAGACAGUCACCAAGCAGAGAGUUGAGAGUCACUAUGACUUGGAGCUGAGAGCAGCGGUGAUGCACGACAUUUUGGACAUGAUGCCGGAUGGAAUCAAGCAGAACAAGGCUAGGACAAUCCUGCAGCACCUGAGUGAGGCCUGGAGGUGUUGGAAGGCCAACAUCCCCUGGAAGGUCCCAGGCCUUCCCAUCCCUAUAGAGAACAUGAUCCUUCGCUACGUCAAAGCCAAGGCCGACUGGUGGACCAAUACCGCCCACUAUAACAGAGAGAGGAUCAGAAGGGGGGCCACGGUGGACAAGACAGUAUGCAAGAAGAACUUGGGUCGUCUGACACGUCUAUACCUGAAGGCUGAGCAGGAGCGUCAGCACAAUUACCUGAAGGACGGACCCUACAUCACAGCCGAGGAAGCGGUGGCUAUUUACACCACCACGGUGCACUGGCUUGAGAGCCGCAGAUUCUCACCCAUCCCCUUCCCACCCUUGUCCUACAAACACGACACUAAACUUCUUAUCCUGGCCCUGGAGAGACUGAAGGAGGCCUACAGUGUCAAGAGUCGUCUGAACCAGUCACAGAGGGAGGAGCUUGGCCUGAUAGAACAGGCGUACGACAAUCCUCAUGAAGCUCUGUCUCGAAUCAAACGUCACCUGCUGACCCAGAGAGCCUUCAAAGAGGUCGGGAUUGAGUUCAUGGACCUGUACAGUCACCUGAUUCCUGUAUACGACGUAGAACCUCUGGAGAAAAUCACAGACGCCUACCUGGACCAGUACCUGUGGUAUGAGGCAGAUAAGAGGAGACUUUUCCCGCCAUGGAUCAAGCCAGCGGACUCGGAACCACCGCCUGUCCUUGUGUACAAGUGGUGUCAAGGAAUCAACAAUCUACAGGACGUCUGGGAGACUGGCGAGGGGGAGUGUAAUGUCAUGAUGGAAACCAAGUACGAGAAAAUGUACGAAAAAAUCGAUCUGACAUUACUCAACAGAUUACUCCGUCUGAUAGUGGAUCACAACAUUGCUGAUUACAUGACAGCAAAGAACAACGUGGUCAUCAACUACAAGGACAUGAACCACACAAAUUCGUACGGAAUCAUCCGAGGGCUGCAGUUCGCCUCGUUCAUCGUCCAGUACUAUGGGCUGGUGUUAGAUCUGUUAGUUCUGGGUCUACACAGGGCCAGUGAAAUGGCAGGACCCCCACAAAUGCCCAACGAUUUCCUGACCUUCCAGGAUGUGGAGACGGAGAGUGCCCACCCUAUCCGCCUGUAUUCCAGAUACGUGGACAGGAUUCACAUCUUCUUCAGAUUCUCAGCUGACGAUGCUCGGGACUUGAUUCAGAGAUACCUGACAGAACACCCAGAUCCGAACAACGAGAACAUCGUGGGCUACAACAACAAGAAAUGCUGGCCUCGAGAUUCCAGGAUGAGGCUAAUGAAGCACGAUGUAAAUCUGGGUCGGGCUGUGUUCUGGGACAUUAAGAACCGACUGCCUCGGUCAGUGACCUCUAUUCUAUGGGAGGAGAGUUUUGUCUCUGUGUACAGCAAGGACAACCCCAACCUUCUUUUCAACAUGUGCGGCUUUGAGUGUCGAAUUCUGCCCAAGUGUCGAACCACUCACGAAGAGUUUACCCACAAAGAUGGAGUCUGGAAUCUCCAGAACGAGGUGACCAAGGAGAGGACAGCCCAGUGUUUCCUGAGGGUGGAUGAUGAGUCCAUGUCCAGAUUCCACAACCGAGUCCGACAGAUUCUGAUGGCCUCCGGAUCCACCACAUUCACAAAGAUUGUAAAUAAGUGGAACACGGCCCUAAUUGGGCUGAUGACCUACUUCCGAGAGGCUGUGGUCAACACCCAGGAGUUACUGGACUUGUUGGUAAAGUGUGAAAACAAGAUUCAGACUCGAAUCAAGAUUGGACUGAACUCUAAGAUGCCCAGUAGGUUUCCCCCUGUUGUGUUUUACACCCCCAAGGAGCUGGGGGGCCUGGGGAUGUUAUCCAUGGGACAUGUACUGAUUCCACAGUCGGAUCUACGCUGGUCCAAACAGACCGAUGUUGGAAUCACUCACUUCAGAUCUGGCAUGAGUCACGACGAGGAUCAACUCAUCCCUAACUUGUACAGGUACAUCAUGCCAUGGGAGAGCGAGUUCAUUGAUUCACAGAGAGUGUGGGCUGAAUAUGCUUUAAAACGACAGGAGGCCAAUGCUCAAAACAGGAGGCUGACCCUGGAAGAUCUAGAGGACAGCUGGGACCGAGGAGUCCCUAGAAUCAACACCUUGUUCCAGAAGGACAGACACACCCUGGCCUACGACAAGGGAUGGAGGGUGCGAACAGAAUUCAAAGCCUUCCAGGUGUUGAAGCAGAACCCGUUUUGGUGGACCCAUCAGAGGCAUGAUGGGAAGCUGUGGAAUCUGAACAACUAUCGGACGGACAUGAUCCAGGCCCUGGGGGGCGUGGAGGGAAUCCUGGAACACACCCUGUUCAAGGGGACCUACUUCCCAACCUGGGAGGGUCUCUUCUGGGAGAGAGCUAGUGGUUUUGAGGAAUCCAUGAAGUACAAGAAACUGACCAAUGCCCAGCGGUCAGGUCUGAAUCAGAUCCCGAACCGUCGCUUCACCCUGUGGUGGUCCCCCACCAUCAACAGAGCCAACGUUUAUGUGGGUUUCCAAGUACAACUGGAUUUGACAGGAAUCUUCAUGCAUGGAAAAAUCCCCACCCUGAAGAUUUCCCUCAUUCAGAUCUUUAGGGCUCACUUGUGGCAGAAAAUCCACGAGAGUGUGGUCAUGGACCUUUGUCAGGUGUUUGACCAGGAGUUGGACGCCCUGGAGAUUGAGACGGUUCAGAAGGAGACCAUCCACCCACGUAAGUCCUACAAGAUGAACAGUUCCUGUGCCGACAUUCUGCUGUUUGCUGCGUACAAGUGGAAUGUGUCAAAGCCGUCUCUGUUGGCUGACUCUAAGGACGUGAUGGACAACACAACUACACAGAAGUACUGGAUAGACAUCCAGCUCAGAUGGGGGGACUACGACUCUCAUGACAUCGAGCGUUACGCUCGAGCCAAGUUCCUGGAUUACACCACAGACAACAUGAGUAUCUACCCCUCCCCCACCGGCCUGCUGAUUGGUAUAGAUCUGGCAUACAACCUGCACAGUGGCUAUGGUAACUGGUUCCCAGGAUGUAAGCCCCUGGUCCAGCAGGCUAUGGCUAAGAUCAUGAAGGCUAACCCUGCUCUGUACGUCCUGAGGGAGAGGAUCCGUAAAGGUCUCCAACUGUAUUCCUCCGAGCCUACUGAACCGUAUCUGUCCUCCCAGAACUACGGCGAGCUCUUCUCCAAUCAAAUCAUCUGGUUUGUGGACGACACAAAUGUCUAUCGAGUCACCAUACACAAGACAUUUGAAGGCAACUUGACAACCAAGCCAAUCAAUGGAGCUAUCUUCAUCUUCAACCCGAGAACUGGGCAGCUCUUCCUGAAGAUCAUCCACACAUCUGUGUGGGCAGGACAGAAACGUCUGGGACAGCUGGCCAAGUGGAAGACAGCGGAGGAGGUAGCAGCUUUGAUUCGGUCCCUGCCUGUGGAAGAGCAGCCCAAGCAGAUCAUCGUCACCAGGAAGGGCAUGCUCGACCCCCUGGAGGUCCAUCUGCUGGACUUCCCCAACAUUGUCAUCAAGGGCAGUGAACUCCAGCUACCAUUCCAGGCCUGUCUUAAGGUGGAGAAGUUCGGAGAUCUGAUUCUGAAGGCCACAGAACCCCAGAUGGUGUUGUUCAAUCUGUAUGAUGAUUGGCUGAAGACCAUUUCAUCUUACACAGCAUUCUCUCGAUUAAUCCUGAUCCUGAGAGCGUUGCACGUGAACAACGACAGAACCAAGGUGGUUCUGAAACCGGACAAGACGACAAUCACUGAGGCCCACCACAUCUGGCCGAGUCUGUCGGACGAGGAGUGGAUGAAGAUUGAGAACCAGCUCAAGGACCUCAUCAUGGCUGACUACGGCAAGAAAAACAAUGUAAACGUGGCUUCUCUCACACAAUCCGAGAUCAGAGACAUCAUCCUAGGAAUGGAAAUCUCGGCUCCUUCAGCUCAGCGAGUUCAGAUAGCUGAGAUUGAGAAACAGACAAAGGAGCAGUCUCAACUGACGGCCACCACGACUCGGACAGUCAACAAACACGGGGACGAGAUCAUCACCUCCACCACCAGUAACUAUGAGACGUCAACAUUCGCCUCGAAGACCGAGUGGCGAGUGCGAGCUAUUUCGGCCACGAACCUCCAUCUCAGAACAAAUCACAUCUAUGUGUCCUCGGACGACAUCAAGGAGACAGGGUACACCUACAUCCUACCCAAGAACGUGCUGAAGAAGUUCAUUAUUAUCUCGGACCUGAGGGCCCAGAUUGCGGGCUACUUGUAUGGAGUGAGCCCCCCUGACAACCCCCAGGUGAAAGAGAUCAGGUGUAUAGUGUUACCUCCACAGUGGGGGACACAUCAGACGGUUCACCUCCCGAAUAUCCUCCCCAACCAUGAGUACCUUAAGGAGAUGGAGCCAUUGGGAUGGAUCCACACUCAGCCAAACGAGUUGCCCCAGCUGUCUCCACAGGACAUCACGACCCACGCCAGAGUGAUGGCCGACAACCAAUCAUGGGACGGGGAGAAAACGGUCAUCAUCACAUGCAGUUUCACCCCUGGAUCAUGUUCCCUGACUGCUUACAAACUGACCCCUACGGGCUGUGAGUGGGGACGUCAGAACACUGACACAGGCAACAACCCCAAGGGUUACCUCCCCUCUCACUACGAACGUGUCCAGAUGCUGCUCUCUGACCGGUUCCUGGGAUUCUUCAUGACACCGUCCGAGAGUUCAUGGAACUACAACUUCAUGGGUGUGCGACAUGACCCCAACAUGAAGUAUGAGCUCCAGCUGUCGAACCCCAAGGAGUUCUACCAUGAGAUCCACCGUCCCUCCCACUUCCUUAACUUCAGCUCCAUGGACGAGGCAGAGCUCCCCGGCACUGACCAGGAGGAUCUCUACACAUGAGUCUCGUUUCGAGACACCCAAGUCUUGACUUGCAGGGCAGAUCUCAACAAAUGAUAACAAUUGCCGUGUGUGUGAAUCAGUCGAUGAAAUCGGAACUUUAAACUGACAAAUAAAUAAACUCUUAUGUUGGUUAUCGUAGGACAAUGUAAAGGAUUUGUGGUGUUUUAUUCAAACAGUAACUGCGUCACUUGUGCUUUUCAAGAAUGUUCAUAUAUAUAUUUCUCUGUACAUGUAUUGAAUUUGACUGAUCAUUGAAAAAAGAUUACUUAUCAUUACAAUGUAAAUAUCAUAUUUCUUGUCAUGUGCAACAUUUCAGAAAAUGUUCCUUCUUAAAAGAGGUUUACACCAAAUAAAUUUUAUCUUAAAUUAC